AUUUAGAAUUCCAAAAGCCGUUGGAAAAGGAAACUGAAAAAGAAGAAUUUUUAGUCAAUCACCGUGACCUGAUUAUCAAAAAAAGCCUAACUGCUGAAUAUGAGAAAAAUUACGCUCGUUCGUUAGAAAAAUCUCAUACUGCUGAAAAUAAACGGGAUUGGAUUUUCACUCUCUCUUUCGUAGUGCCAUCCUAUUCUCUACCAAAAUUCGCUCCUUUUUUCCUCUUUCUCUUUGUUAAGAAUAAUCCCAGCAAGCCGGUUUUUGAUACUGCUAACAGCCUGAUUGAAUUAACCAACGAUACCAAAAAAAUGGCCGAAAGACUACGGAUUUACCCCUUCGGGCUUUCCGCCCAAAAGCAGAUUAAUGAUUUUCUGGCUGAACCAGAACGAGACGACAUUCAAAAAAAUGUUCUCGUUUCCGAACCAGUGGAAAGCAUAACCCUCCAAAAACGUGAAGAAAAAAAAUUGCUUAUGCCGAACAUGAAAAUUUGGUGGAAAAUGGAAAUAUUUAUUUUUGACGAAGCCGAUAAUGCUCUGGACGAAAAAAACAAAAAAGAGUUUCGCCAAAAAAUAGAGAAAAUUAGCAAAAAGAGAUUGGAAUAUUUACAAGAAAUUGAAGAUCCUCAUAAUAAUCAAGAGGUAAAUUAUGCCCUUCCCGAAAAUCCUUCUCCUUUACAAGUAGCCAAAUUUAGGUUAUGUAAAAAGAUAUUAGGUUAUAAGUUGGAUAAUAAUUUAACUCGCGAACAGAUAGCCGAAAAGAUUGGAAUAAGUAAAGCAGAGACGGAAGAUAUUUUAUUUAGUCACAUUGAAGAAUUUACUUUGGAUAGACUAAUUACUUAUGCUGGCAAAUUAUUAGAUCCCGCUGAAGUAAAUGUUACAGUGGAACAAAAAAAAUCUGAUCUUCAUGCCUAA